CGUAACGCACGUCGAAACGCCUGCGUAAACUUACAAGUAAAAACGUUUCGGUAAAUUUUUCUAAUAUAAAAGGUGCAUGAAAACCAUUCUUAAGUUCAUUAAAGCAUGUUCAUUUCCUAAUAAUUAUGUAUCGACACGUUGUGGUGGUAAGUUUAAUGGCAAAGAGCAUGUUAUUUAUUCCAUCCGCUUCUUCGCAAGUUAAAACAACCAAAUCACCCGCGCAACCACAUCGUUGACAAACAUUGAAACUGACAGUUUAGGCUCUUUAUGCCAAGGCAACCAUGUGCUUACUUUAUUGCAAGCUUCCAAUGCGUAGAAUGCCAUGCAAGACUCACGACUACAACAUAAAUGAUGAAUCUGAUAUUCGCGAUGGCCUCCAAGGAUGACAACCGAAUAAACACCAAGGACGGGAACACCGGCGCGAUGAAUAGUAAGAAGAUUAGCCCCGACAAGCUAAAAAUUCCUCAGGUAAUCGGAAAGGCUGCCAGAUAUAAAGCCGCCCUCGAAAUUCAUGGAGAGCAUCUCGAAGCCCAUCGCAAUCAGCUGAAAGAAAUCCAAGAGAGGCACAGUUUGGUAACUGAUGAGAUUAUACCUAAAUUGAGCCUCAUGGGAGAGGCCUUACAAGCCAGGAUGGAUUCUAUGCAGCUCAAGGUUGAUCGCCUUCGUGAUAUUCGUUUGGAAAUCGAACGUAACCAGGCUGCAGAGGAGGUCAACGCGAAACCAGUGGCUGACGAGACUCCACCCCAGAGGAUGAUUCUCAAUCCGCAAGUACUUAAUGCUAUGGGGCUUCGUGAUCUAUCGAAUCUGGUCAGUCGCGAGGUAAUUAAGCUAAUCUGCGAGCUGGCUAUUCGUGGCGCUCCCGUCACAACCCCUUCUACAACACCACCUCCUCCUGCAACUCCGCCUCCAGCCACGCCUCCUACCGCAGUACCUCUUACUACAUCUCCCCAUACACCAUCUACUAUUAUCCAGCCUUCCCCCGAAUUACCUUCUGCUCCUUCGUCGCCGCAGAAGACCUAUAAAGAGCGGCAGAAGGAGCGGCGCAAGCAGAAAAAGGCGGAGAAAGCAAAACUUCAAAAGCAGCAAGCUCUCGAAUCGACAAACGCCAAAGUCCAUAUGAGCCGCAAGCUCAUGAAGGAGAAGAAGCUAGCCAUGAAGACGCCGAUGAAGAGACUCCGGUCACUUCGAAUCAAGGAAGAGAUGAUGGGAUCGCGUACUGUUAAGGUCAUAAGAGAUAGGCUAUGGAAGAUAGGGCAGGCGAUCCGUUGGGCCCCUGUUCUUGUGUGGAUGCGCUCGGUUCGGAGGGUUGAUAUGGAAACUCGUUGGAAACUACGAACGAGACCGUACGCGUUUUGUUAGACGUAUCGGCAUAGGACUGUAUGUCUCGAGAUUAGCCGCGUAUAUUGUGUACGUCUAGUUGGAAAGGGGACAUCCAGCUUUGUUUAUAUCUUAGGG